UUGGUGAUAACAGACAAUACACUUCAACAGCAUGCUUUUGUACAGGGUGAUGCAUCAAGGGAAGUAAUUACAGUCACUACUGACAGAUCGAUGAGUAAUGCUGACAAUAAUACCUCGCUCCUAUAAAAGACACAUUUUCCUCUCCAGGCUUCCAACAUUUAUGGCAGAGCUGUCUUUGUGUUAAACAUCUUGCCUGUUUUGUAGUUAUUACACAGAGCUAUUUCAUGCUGCAUUUGGCGGUGUUCUUCUGAAGUUCCAAAUCCUUUCUGUGCCUGGAGAGGAAAAUCAACAACAAUGUGGACUGUGUUGCUUGCUCUUUGUUUGGGAAAUAUUCUGGUCACAGGAGAAGCCAGUGAUCAGCAUUCACAACCACUCUCUGUAAUUGAACUCGCUGGAACCACCAUGUCCCCUGGUCUUUUAAUACAAGAAAAACAGAAAUCCAACAGCUCAAUCCAUCCACCUCGAGUAGCAGGACCAAAAGCACCGCUGCCUCCCAUGUGCUCAGAGCCGGCUCGAAUCAGAGACGCCUUCAAAUAUGUCAAUACUGCAGUCUCCCUCCUUGUGUUUGUGGUCGGAAUCCUGGGAAAUGCAGCCUUAUUAAAAAUCAUAUCUGCAAAUAAGUCCAUGAGAAGUGGGCCCAACAUUCUUAUCGCUAGCCUGGCUUUAGGAGAUCUCCUCCACAUUGUGAUUGACAUCCCAAUCAACACAUACAGGCUGAUAGCAGAGGACUGGCCGUUUGGAUUGGCGCUGUGCAAACUUGUCCCCUUUGUGCAGAAAACCUCAGUAGGCAUCACAGUGUUGAGUCUCUGCGCGCUAAGUGUUGACAGAUACCGUGCCGUAGUAUCCUGGAAUCGAAUCAAAGGCCUCGGGGUCUCAGCGUGGACAGCGGUCGAAAUAGCCCUGAUAUGGGUUGUUUCCCUCAUUCUGGCUGUGCCUGAAGUGGUGGGGUUUGAUAUGAUAACCAUGGACUAUAAAGGCAGACAUCUGAGAAUAUGCCUCCUCCAUCCUAUGCAACACUCUGAGUUCAUGCAGCUGUAUAAAUCAGGGAAGGACUGGUGGCUCUUCGGCUUCUACUUCUGCAUGCCUCUGCUCUGGACCGCUAUAUUCUACACACUCAUGGCCAGGAAAAUGCUGAGGAAGAACUCUGAGGCUCUAAGCGACCACACCAAGCAGAGAAGGGAAGUUGCUAGGACUGUUUUCUGUUUGGUGAUUGUCUUUGCGCUCUGCUGGCUGCCUUUGUACCUCAGCAGAAUCUUGAAAAAAACAAUUUAUGAUCACAAGGAUCCCAAUCGGUGUCAACUUCUGAGUGUUUUCCUAGUCCUGGAUUAUUUUGGCAUCAACAUGGCAUCACUCAACUCCUGCAUCAACCCCAUUGCUCUGUAUAUUGUCAGCAAAAGAUUUAAAAGAUGUUUCAAGGCAUGCCUGUGCAGUUGGCGUCUACCUCUUCAAGCUGUUACGCGUGACGAAGUGCAGUCUGUUUUGAAGUCCAGAAUGCAUGAUCAGGCCUCGGAGAAUCCACAUCAAAGCCUGGACUCCCACGACCACACCUCUACCUGAGAAAACACCUCAGAGCACCGCCGCGGCACAGAUGGAGCCCUGCCAAUACUGUACAUCGUGUGCGUAUUUGUACAUGUGUAUACUUUUGAGUGUAUAAA